CCAUGGUGCGGCUUAAUGUUUAUAAAAAGGACAAAAAAUAUUUUUUGAAUUUAUUGCGAAGAAAAUAGAGACCAUGUGCUUGAAGAGAUGGUAUUACCUCUCUGCAGAUCGUUAUGAAAAGAAGCACAGGUCUGUGAAAAGGUAUUUCAACAGUACAAUAGGUUAGGAUACGGUCAUUAAAUCAAGCAUACGUAUUGGCAUAUAAUUAUAUAUAGAAAGGCAUAUCCUAGAUAUUUUUGACUACACAAAUAAUUUUGACACAAAAUUAGAAUUAGGCUCACACGAGGGUUAAAUCUGAACUAAUAAGGGGGGGCAUCAAGACAAUCAAAAUAAUUGACAGUAAAUAUCGUUUUUUUGUGCCAUAUUCGGAUCGACUACCAUCGAAAAAUCUCGUAGUUGUUUUUAGAGCCUUUGAAGAUUUUCCUACUCAAGCAGCUCAAUCUCGUCCUUUAAAGCUUCAUUCAUGUCAUUGAAGGAUAGCUCAGUUUUCUCAGUAAUACCUAGCCAAGUAAAUAACGUAGCUAAACAUCCUCCGAACUCUUCAGUAUGGAUUAGUCUUGUUCUUGUGCCAUGUUCUAACGAUUCAUACUUUAAUGUAUGCACGCCGUAAAAUAACCAUUCAAAUCCCAAAAUGCCUUUCCAUUUCAAUUGUUCAAAAUUGUUUACAAUAACAGUUGGAUAAAUAGUCAUUACCUUUGAAGUCCCAUGAUAUACUACUUCAAUUUUCAAUUGGUCACCAAUAGCAAGCUCCUUUCUAUUUUUAUUGGUAAGCUUUUCAAAGCUUACGAAAAAGGGGUUCCAAUUGCAAUGGUUGGAGUAAUUUAAAAUGAAGUUUCUGACUUUGAAAACUGGAGCAUUUAUCUCAAUUGAUGUUUCAAGCUUGGUAGUCAUAAUUGAAUGGUUCUAAGGAGUUGUAUUAUUGAAUUAAAGUCGCCCCAUUAAAUUUUUGUUUCAAACGUAGAAAUGUGUAAGUAAAAGUUAAAUUUUGUAGGUUGUUUUAUUUUUACUUGGCAUGUAUUCCUAUUGCUAGAACAGUUAUCAUUUUGCAAUUAAAUGGUUGGUGACUAUUGUCCCUGUUUCAUUCCUAUUGUUCAGAUUUCCUUCGAUUGGAGUUUGGACAACUUGGGUAAUCUGUCACACGAUACUUAACCUUUGUUAGAUUUUUAACCCACAUGUACCAGGGCUGACUGAAAAAAAACAAAAUAUUAUAUCGCGAAGCACGUUUUAAGUUUCAUUCCGUCAGUUACCAAAAUAGAUAUUUCCUGAGCUUUUGGUCGAACGAUUCUUAGCUCAAUAAACAAUUCUGCAUAACACCUAUACGUCAAAAUAAAACUAGGCUUGGUUUCUUUUCUAAAUAUUUUGUAUUAAAAGAUAAAUUAUGUACUAAAAAUAAAUGCACCACGGUUGAAACUCAGAUUUUCCUACUCCAACAGCUCCACUUGGUCUUUCAAUGCCGCAUUCAAAUCAAGAAACGACAAUUUUGUAUCCUUAAGAAUACCCAUCCAAGAAAUCAACCAAUGCAAUAACCCACCAAACUCUUCACUAUGAAUAAAUUUGGUUUUAGUGCCAUCUUCCAAGGGUCCAAAUUUAAAGGAAUGAUUUCCCCAGAAUAAGAAAUUCCCACCAUUCCAUUUAAACUCCGAGGGGUUAUUUAUUGAAAUUGUAGGGUACAUUGUGAAUUGGUUAGUCUUGCCAUGUGGUUGUAAUACAAUCUUUAAUUUAUCUCCUACUUGUAACUCUUCAACAUUUGCAUUAGUGUGUUUUUCAAAUACCUUGAAGAAUGGAUUCCAAUUUGAUUGAUUUUUGUAAUUAAGGAGGAAUGCGCGCACCUUUUCGGGUGGGGCAUUAAUUUCGAUUGAUGUAUUUAUUGACAGACCCAUCGCUAUAUAACUAGAUGAAUAUUAAGUGAUUGAUUCAAUUCUUGAGAAAUUGGCUCAUUUUAUAUCGAAACGGGGGGGGCGGUGGCAAUUGCAAUGGCAACAAAAAACAAUUACCGCAUUGCAUUCCUACAUCAUCUUAUUCUAAAAAUGGAGAUCCUAAUCUCUUUGUUCAACUCUUUCUAUUUGUUUAUUGUUAUCAGCCUUGAAUACAACGUCUGAGCAAUCAAUGUCAACAAAAGUACGCUGGUCCGAUUUUCUUUAUCUCCGAUUUCCGUCGGAUUUCAGCUAUAGCCGUCUCUUUGGCAUCUUACAAAUACUUUUGGGUGCAAAAAAAAAACAAGCAUUAUCAACAAGUAUUCAUUGUUUUAAUAAUUUUGAUAAAAGAAAACUAACUCAUUGGUUACCGAAAUUAAUGUUUCAGGGAGUUACCAAGAAGUGUUGUUUAUUGAACUAUCAACCCUCGCAAAAUUCCCACCGGCCCGAUUCAAGAAAAAAAAAAAUCGUUCACUUCUAAGCUUACUGAACAAUUUCCCAUACUGAAUUCACAACCAUGUACUACGCCGCCGUGUUUGAUUUUCCCGACAUUGAUAGAACCAAGGUAAGACCACAACACUUUGCUGAGUUGGUUCCCUCAGUAGCAAACCCUAUUGUGGCUGGAGGGGCAAUUUAUCAUGAUGAUGCUAAAACCAAAUUUGCUGGUAGUUGGCUUCAGUUAGACCUUACAUCUAAAGAAGAAGUCAUUGAAUUCUUAAGGAAAGAUGUUUAUUAUCGUGAAGGUGUAUGGGACAUUGAUAGUGCUAUUAUUUAUCCUAUUGGAGUUGCUGUUCGUCUUCCACAAAAGUUAGAAGGUACAGAUGAUAGUCUCUAUAAAGUCUAAAUUUAGUCUAUAGUUUAAAGGUUCUACUUAAAACUUCCGUCAACUUUUCAUAAACCAUUAAUCCUGACCCAUAUGAUAAUUCAUAUCCCAUUCCUCCGGCUCCAUAAUUGUUAAUGACAACAUUAGCUUCCUGGUGUUCAAUGCUAAUAUUCAAUCCGGAUUGUCUUGCAGGUCUAAGUCCAACAUUAACUCGUAAAAUAUCAAAGAAUUUCUUAUUAUCUCUUGUGGUUCUCAUUAAUUCUGGGAAAUACUUUUCUCCUCGUUUUAAUAAUGCAUCGGUAUCCUCUUGUCUUAUUCCAGUAAAUGAAUCUCCAACUUGUUUAGUACCUCCUAAAAUAAUCCCACCAUUGGAGGGACGUGGAAUGACAAACGUCCAAUUACCAUCGGCGUGCUGGUAAGUAAUUGUCUGGUUCAAGUAAGAACAUCCCUUGGGUGGGUUAAUCAACAAAGUUUGACCUCUUAUUGGGAAACAAUUUGGAUCAAAUCCUCCAUUAUACCGUAACCCCAUUCCAGAACAAUUAAUAAUGACAGGGUUACCAGUAAUAUAAUCAUUCACCUGACUUAAUGAUGUAAGUUUUGCGUUAAGGAACUUGACAUGAUAUUCAGAUAUAAGCUUUCUAUAAAGAAAGUGCAAAUAUAAAGGUGAAUUAACCACCCAAGUAUCAUACUUGAAUCCCAUAUAUCCUGGCUUGUCAUGGAUUCUUGAGAAAUUGUCCAUACCAUCACUAUACCCUUCUCCCACUUUCUUGUAGUGCUCAUCGGGUGCUUCUAAAUAUUCAACACCUUCUACGAAUUUAAUAGAACUUUCAGGAUAUUCAACUGCAAAUUGCUUGAACUUCUUUAAAGUCAAUCUCGUCAACUUCAUUUCAGCAUACUCUUGGGGAUUUUUGCUGGGGAAUGGUCGGAAAUGUGCUCCAGCCCAGGGUGAAGUAUACUGCGGGAAAUUAGUCAUAUUUGCAUUCAUGGAUUGAUUAUGAGGUCCAUGUUCAGCAAUAAUAGUUAUAUCAUGGGCGAUCUUGAGAUGUUCACUGACGGCUAAUGCAGUUGAUAAACCAAGGAUACCUGCUCCUACGAUAACUAUAUGUGGCUGCGUUGACAUUUUGCUGGUGUCUACUUCUUGAUGAAAAAUUCAAUCGGUUUGAAAAUAGUGUCAUUUUUUGUAUUAACAUUUAUCAAAGGUGGAAGCGAAAAUUGAUGCGAAACCGGCCAAAAGGCGCAAUAAGCGCAUCUAAAAUAAUGAAGCUACAAAAUACAUUGUUAAUAACUUGCGGGGUUUGACCAUCCACAGCUUUCACUUUUCUAAAUUAUAGGAACACAUCCUUUAUGGAUAGCUUAUUCAGUUGUUCACCUAUUAUGUCAAUGCUCUAUACGGCAAAUUUCUCUUCCCCUCAAUCUCGUCCAGAAAAAAACGUCGAAAAUUUUUGAACUUAUUUUUUUCCUUUUUUUAGCAAAAAGAAAUUUUACACUUUUGACAUUGUACAGUGAAUCAAGUGAGUGCAAUAUAUCAGUUUUUUUAAAAUAUAUAUUCAUGUAAUCUCAAGUGUCUGUAAAUGUCAAAAAAAUAUCUCCCGGGGGUGAGUCGAACACCCGAUCUCAAGAUUACUUUGAGGUACUCAUUACAGUCUCGCGCUUUAAACCAACUAAGCUACCAGGAGUAAUUAUU